AUGCCGGCGGCGUCGCCCACCCUCUUCUUCUUCGCGGCUUCGGCGGCAUCACUGAUGCUGGCGUUCCUGUCGGGUGACGACCCCGAAGGGCCUGUGGUACGGACGCAGCAGGGACUCGUGCGAGGGGCAUUCGACACCUCAUAUGGCGGUCGCAAGUUCCUGGGCUUCCAAAACCUGCCCUACGCCAAGCCGCCCGUGGGACAGCUGCGCUUCAGAAGCCCUCAGCCUCCAGACCCUUGGGUGGAUAUCCGUGAUGCCACAGCUCCAGGGCCUGUAUGUCCACAGAAUAACCAGUUGGGACCUAACGAAAGGGAAGACUGCCUGUACCUGAACAUCUUCACUCCAGAGCUGAAACCUGCGGAGCUGUUCCCAGUGAUGUUUUGGAUUCAUGGUGGUGGCUGGGUUUCAGGAACUGGUGUAGGGUAUAAAGCAGGCUAUCUCAUCGACAGAAAUGUGGUGCUCGUCACCAUAAACUAUCGCCUCGGGCCUCUAGGUUUCUUGAGCACGGAUGACGAAAACUGUCCAGGAAAUUUUGGCCUCAAGGAUCAAGUGGCAGCCUUGAAGUGGGUGAAAGAGAAUAUAAAGGCAUUUGGUGGUAAUCCUGACGAUGUGACGAUCUUCGGUAAUAGUGUUGGAGCCGCUAGUGUGCACUAUCAUAUGUUAUCUACUGCAUCAAAAGGCAAGUUCAAGAAGUAUGAGCUACUUUUUAAAAAUAGCAAUAUUAUUAACUUUCAAGAACGUCAGUCUCCUAUUUAUACUCCAGGUCUCUUCAACAAGGCUAUCUCAGAGAGCGGUGUUGCACUGGCGACUUGGGCGCGUCCAGAGCCCGGUCUAGAUAACGCCCGCAAGAUUGCUGUUCUGGUGGGAUGCCCAUCAGAACCCAGUGCCGCGCUGGUCGAAUGCCUCAGGGGCGUCGACGAACCCAUACUCACUGCAGCUGCAUUAAAUUUAACUGAAUGGUUCUUCUGCCCUAUGGCGCAAUUACGCCCAGUAGUGGAGAAAAAAAGUGAAGAUUCUUUUCUGUCCGACAACCCGUUGAACUUAAAGCCUCACUCUGCUAUUCCAUGGCUUGUAGGAUUUAAUUCAGAAGAAGGAGCCGUAUUUACAGGAGCUUUCGUUGAAUAUAAUACGAUGUUAGAAGACCUGGACCGUAACAGCGACAAGCUUUUCCCCAGCUGCUUCGCUUAUCAGACGUCUUCACGAGCUAAACUGAUAACUGAGAGGAUUCGGGACUUCUAUUUCUCGUCCAACCCCCUUACAGUCAGCGGAUCCACUGAUAUGAUCAGUGAUGGUUUAUUUACAUGGAAAACAGACGAGUCCAUUAGGUGGUACAACGAUACACAAGCUAUUUAUUACUAUCUCUUUUCGUACAGAGGAAAAUAUAGUAUGUCAGAUAUAUAUGCAAUUGGCGAUGUAAAAAUAGGUGUUGCCCAUGGAGAUGAAGCAUUUUACUUAUUUUCAAACAAUCCAUAUAUGCCAAUAACUGGAGACCUACCGGCAAAGGAUAUUGAAAUGGCUAAGACGUUAACUAAACUAUGGACAGACUUUGCAAAAACAGGGAAUCCAACACCGGAUGACGACCCAUUGCACUGGCCGCAAGUAACGUUUGGGAGAGAACUGCAGUACUUACGUAUAGGUGAAAAGUUGGAAGUGAAGAAGGGACCCUUCCAGAAGAGAAUCGACUUUUGGAAAUCAUUACCUUUCUGAUUACGACACGACGACCGUGGAGGAAAGUCUGUGAAUACAGUAGAUUCAAGGUUCUCCUUACAAGAUGUACAAGAACUUCUAAUAAAAAUCAAAUUCAUACACCUGCCGGAAAUUGCAGAUUGAACAAUCAUGACGAAAAAAUUAAUUCACCAUGUUUUACGCUUUGGCUUUAUUAAGCUUUAUAAUACAUUUUGCUGAAGCCUGUCAGAUAUGUUAAAGACAAUUGUGAACUCAA